AUGUCGGCUCAACAAUUCAUCCCCAUAAACCCGCGGCCGAUGCUCCAGGGCUUGGUCGACGCCGACGUCCUCGUCCGCCUAAAAUGGGGCCAGACCGAAUACAAAGGCCGCUUGGUCAGCGUGGACAGCUACAUGAAUGUGCAACUUGCCGGAACCGAGGAGUUUGUGGAUGGGAAGAGUACGGGGACGCUGGGGCAGGUCUUGAUUAGGUGCAAUAACGUCCUCUGGAUAUCGGCGGCGAACGCGGCGACCGGAGGGGAUUCGUCUAUGACGGGUUGA